AUGACUUCAAGUUCGGCAUCAAAUAUCAUCGAGUCCCGAGAUCGUGAUGACAGGGGAACGCGUCCCUACCAAGAGGAACUCCUAAGCCUGGUCAUGUCCACGUUUGACCCGAUUGGAUUCCUGAGCUGCUACACGGAGAUCGGAGACGUGCAGGCGCAUUUCAUAAGCUCCAAGACGAAAUGCGCUCCGAUGAGGACUAUGUCGAUCCCGCGACUGGAACUUCAAGCAGCAGGAUUGGGCACGAGACUGAUGGACACCGUCAAGCAAGAGCACGGUGUGGCGAUCAGCAGCUGCGUAUUAUGGACGGACUCUAAGACUGUGUUGCACUGGAUAAGCAGCACCCACCGGAGAUACAAGCAGUUCUUCGGUAACCGGGAGGCGGAGAUCUUGGAACCCACGGAGGCGUCCCAGUGGAGGUGGAUUCCGUCGGGCGAAAACGUGGCAGACGACGCGACGAGGCCGCGCAAGGCCGUGGACCUGAGCAUCGGUUCGCGAUGGCUAAGCGGUCCACCAUUUCUACGAGGACCAGAGGAAAGCUGA